ACAUGUUAUUGGGCCUACGUUAAAGCAUCCGGUUUUCUCUCUCUUUCCCAGGCAAGGUCGCACGAGGGAGGCACUGUUCACUAUUUAGGAUACUCAGAACUCAGGCGUCCCGGCGGAGAUAGGAUUCAUGGCGGCUUCUAAGUUCCAAGCUUUGUGGAACCAUCCUGCCGGACCUAAAACCAUUCACUUCUGGGCCCCAACAUUUAAAUGGGGUAUCAGCAUUGCAAAUGUGGCUGACUUCUCAAAACCGCCCGAGAAGCUCUCAUAUCCUCAGCAAAUAGCCGUUUGUUGUACUGGAGUUAUCUGGUCACGCUACAGCACAGUAAUUACACCGAAAAAUUGGAACCUUUUCAGUGUUAAUGUUGCAAUGGCUACUACAGGAAUUUACCAACUUUCACGCAAAAUUCGGCACGAUUACUUCUCCGAGUCAGAAGUGGCUGUUGCGGAAGAAUGAUGAUGACGAUAUUUGGAUUGCAUCUUCCGUCUUGAGACAUUGAGAUGGUGUUCUUUGCUCAUAUAUGUAACUAUGGGUUCUCUUAGAUAGGAUUUUGAAGACUUGGAUGGUGAUAAUCUGUUCCAACACUGGAAAUCUUCUCUUGUAAUAUUGGUGGAUUUUGGCCCAGAAAAAAAGUAAAAAGAUGGGAGGCGUAGCCCUUAUCUCAGGUCUAUGCAUAGUACCAGUUUGGCCA